AGACACCGUAGUCUGUCUCAAGUUUGUUUGGAAAUAGGCGUAUUUUGGAGCCCGAAAUGGAGAUUUCUGUGGAGAUUCAAGAUGGUUUGCAGUUAGCCGGGAGUUCUGCUAGAGUUCAAGAUAAAGCCUUCGAGCCUUUGCUACAGAAAAUAUUCUCAGACGUUUCGGAAACCGGUAAUUCUAAUGAAAAUGAUGGAGCUCUUUCCUCUAUUGAACCAGCUGUUUUGAAGCAGAGUUAUGCAGCACUGUACACCCUUGUCUUAGAAGCAUCUAAACAUGAUGCAGACAACAGUACAAUCAGCUCCAUCCUAGAGGACAGCAAGUUCAGCCAGGACAGGAUCGAUAUCUUCAUCAAGUGCUUCCAGGAGAAGAAACAAGUGAUUAGAUCCAUGCUGAGUAACAUCGGCCACACCCCUCCCCACAUUGUUGAUGUAGACUGGCGUUUAGACUACUAUCUGAAGAACAAGCACAUAGAUAAAAUCAACCAGCCGACCUAUCAGAUAAGUUUGAAGACAGAGCAGGGUCAUAGAGGCACCAAAGAUGUUCAGUUUAGUUGUUCACUAGAACAGUUACAGGACCUGGUUGGGAAACUCAAGGAUGCUACAAAAAGUUUAGAAAAGGCAGCACAAGGUUCAUAGCAGAAAUCACAUCGAAAAAAUGGUCCCAUAUAUGUAAAUAUAAAGAGAGUAGUUUUAUACUGGUGAUAGGAUUGUGACAGUAGUUAAAUGUUUUGACAAUACAACUCAUAAUUCAUUCCAGAUUUAGAUUUGCAAUGCAAUUUUUUUGACAUGUUCAUGUGGCCAGAUAUUGCUAUACAUGUAUUGUUAUCUGUGUAUUAAAGAAAGCAUGUUUCAAUUAGAUUACAUUCAUGUUUGCAAUGAAAGCAGUAUCAAAGCACAGUAAAGUAUAUUUAUACAGUGAUUUCACUAGAUACGAAUAAAUCUCAUUAUUGUUAUUAUUGUUAUUAUGUGCUUGCGCACAACAAUAACUUCAUGUCUUGCACAUGUGCCUAUUAGCAUUCCAGAAGUUGCAUUGCAAGUCUAAAGGCCACCACACACCUUAUGACCCGACUGGUUUGCGACUGAGUGAAGGGAAAUGUGACGUCACAGCCCUUGUCAGCUUGAGAGUCGCAGACAAAUCGCAAGGGAAAGCGUAAGGAUUUGACAAGUGUGUGUCUGUAUUUGAAAUUUGUCAGACGUGCAUCAAUCAGCUAUGAUUAUUUACGUCUGGGACCGACCUUUAACGUCACCAUCCGAAAGACGUGACCAGGGCUCGAACCUCUGCAUCAAUUUGUAACUUACCCACAGCUUGGAUUACAGGUGCACACCACAACGCCCAGUUUGUAAGUGCAUUGUAACAGGGGUGUAGUUAAGGCCGUGUUGUGUCGGUCAUGGCCUCGGCCCGAGUCACAAGUACAAAAUCUAUGGGAGAAGGUUUUCUCCUGCUGCUGCGACUCAGAUGUACUGUGACUACUUCCCUGCACUGUUACUAUCAUUAAUGGGUGAUUUCAAGUCUGGUGUUGGCCUUGGUGUUGGUGUUGAAAUUUUGAUUGCUUCCCCUAGCUCCAAAACUUGUUCAGAGUUUGUAAAACUGAUCGAGAUCACAUUAUUGACAUCUCAACAGCCAGUGAGUGACUUUUCGGGACCAUCUUCAUUUUAUGUUUGGUGUUAUACUCUUGUAAAAAUUGACCUAACACCAACACCAAAAGGUCAACACUGAACUUGAAAUCACCCAUUGUCUCGCCUACACAACAGAGCUUUAAUAGCAUUUUCAGCGACAAUGUGAAGCAAAAUGAUAAAUCUGAACCUUUUUUAUGUCAUUAUAACUUUCAAAGUACAAAAAACUUUGCUUUAGGCAAAUCUAUUAGGACCAAAGAAAUCUGUUUGACUUCAGAGAAAUUUGAGUUAGAUUUAGAAUAGGUACAUGUUUUGCAUAAUCUGGUCUUAAACAUUGCUUUGACGUACAUGUAGGUAAAUAUUCGACUUGUGCAGGUUGUAUGAUCUUUUAUGAAACUUGGACAUUAGGUAAACAACUGUCACUUAUCAUGUCAAUUCACAAAAUCAAGGUUGAAGGUCAUUUGAGGUUAAUGAACUUUAACAAUGUUGUGUUAUCAACAUUAUACGUCUGAUUUUUCAGUAAUUUUGAAAUUUUAUGAUUCCUCAUUCCAUGAAACAUGAUAAUUGUUUAUCAAGAUCCAGCAAUUAUGUGAGUUUGAUUUCAGGUCAGUGAA